GCGACAUGAUGCAACCAUGCUCCUUCCAGCUUGACAAUGGCAGGUUCCACCUUCUUUCUUCUUGUGACAUUCAUUUUCUACUCCUCCUGCUGCAUUGAUUUUGCUGCACCAGCUACUAAUCCUUUACCGAAAUUUUCAGCCCUCUUCUGCUUUGGUGAUUCUAUUUUGGAUACUGGCAAUAACAACUAUAUCAAGGCACUAUUCAAGUCUGAUUAUAGACCUUAUGGUCAAGACUUCCCGAAUGGCAUUCCGACAGGAAGAUUUUCUAAUGGAAGACUUAUUCCUGACAUGUUAGCUUCCGUUCUUGAAAUCAAAGACACUCUUCCUCCAUUCCUGCAACCUAAUCUUUCAAACGAAGAUCUCAUUACUGGUGUUAAUUUCGCAUCAGCUGGAUCAGGAUUCGAUGCUAAAACAAAUGCGCUUACAAACGCUAUUUCAUUUUCAAGGCAAAUUGAUUUGUUCAAGGACUAUGUAGCAAGGCUUAAAGGAGUUGUCGGAGAAGAGAAGGCUAUGCAAAUAAUCAACGAUGCUGUAAUAGUUGUAACAGGUGCCACAGAUGAUUAUGUUUUCAAUAUAUUUGACUUUCCUACUCGAAGAUUUGAGUUCACUCCAAGGCAGUACGGAGAUUUCCUACUCAAUAACUUACAGAACAUCACCAAGGAAUUAUACAGUCUUGGGCUCCGGGCGAUGCUUGUAUUAGGGCUUCCUCCAGUUGGCUUCCUACCCUUUCAGACGAGUAUAAGACUUGCCAAUCCAUUCGCACUGAGAUAUAGCUUAGAGGAGCAGAACGAAAUUUCUGCAGAUUAUAAUCAAAAGCUUAUUGGCACAUUAAGUCAACUGCAACAGACUCUGCCGGGGAGUAAGAUUGUCUACACCGACGUCUACGAGAUAAUAGAGGACAUGGUCACCAGUCCUCAAAAAUAUGGUUUUGUGGAAACAAAAGACGUAUGUUGUGGAAGUGGGCUAUUGGAACAAAAUCCUUCGUGCGAUCCAUUCACUCCACCAUGUCAACAGCCUUCCAAGUUCUUAUUUUGGGAUAGGAUUCAUCCCACUUUAGCAGCCUAUCACUACAUUUUCAAUUCCUUAGUGCAGAAUGUUCUUCCCAAAUUCCUCUAAUGCCAAUGCCUUGUUGAGAUCUGUACUCGUACAGAAUAAGUCUUGUAUUUUUUGCAAUACAUGCAUAAUUAAUAUAACUCGACUUAUAAUCCUA